UUCGCUUCCAUUAUUAUGACGGUAGGAAGGCGCGAACGCAGUGCUGCCGCCCGGGAAAUUAAGAUUUAAACGAAUAAAUAAAAACAUUGUGGUGUGCCGUUGGUUAUAGAGAGUUGUGAAGUAAAUAAUCAAAAUGUGGCUUCAAAUAAUUUUGUUUCUGGUUUCGUCAUCUAUAUUGUCGGCCUCUGCUAUUAUAGUUCCGAUAGACAACAAGGAAGACGUGACCGAAUCUACAACAGUAACCACAGCAAACGAUACUCAAGAAACUACACAUUAUAAUUCAGAGGAUGCCCGUGUAGACAGUUACCUUAUACCCCCAAAUCUACAUAAACCUCAAGAAGUUCUUCCUGACACUGUGGUGACCCCAGCAACGUAUCUUUUACCACCGUCAUCAGAGCAAGAUACACAGUUUUUUUAUCCACCAACAGAAGCUGGCGAGCAGACUGAUUGGUAUCCAAUAGCUCAAGUUCUACCCCCCUCGCCUUCAAAACGACAGGCGGUUCCAAUAUUUGUUAUUGACGAUGGUCCAUUGAAGAUCGAAAAUAUAAGAGUAGGAAAAUCGUACACAGGUGACCGUCAUCCACGAAGCAAACCUUCUGUAAGAUUAGAACCUCCACCACUCAACGCACCUAACGAAUAUAUAGUUCCCAGUUCAUCGGAACAGUUAGGCAUACCCUUUGAACAGAUUAAACAGUUAAAUCCGAACUCCUAUAAAAUACCAUACACUGAUGUUGAUGAGAAUGUGCCUUACUCCGAUAUCUUACUUCAGAAAACCCGUCUAAUGCAGGAAGAACCAGGGCUCGCUUUACAUUUAACGCCACCAAAGCCAGCACUCAACCAGCAAAAAUAUCCCACAAAUCUGUACCCAAAAAAAUAUUCUGGAGGUUUUAAGCCUGUUCCGAUACCAAUAGCCCAAUUUGCAGAAGACACAUUGUCGAUCCCAAGAGCCAAACCCGUAAAUUAUUUAAAACCUGUCCCGAAUUCCGAGCUAGACUUUAUCCCAGAACCUGAAGACAAGAAGAGUUAUCUUUAUAAACAGGCUGAGCAGAAACGCAAAUUUAAGUCUGAAGGAAUAAGUCAGCCUCAACAAUUGGAUUCUGGACCUAUAGAAGACACACAAGCAGUAACUAUACCAACUGAACAAGAAACUUCAGAAACCAUCAACCGAUACCCUGGACCCAACAUUUACUCGGCGCGAAUUCGCGAGGCCCCCAGACCAGCUCCACAGCAUGCUGUGAAGUCGCCCGCAGCACCUGAUGAACGCACGGAGUUCCGAAUGCACGGCAUGAAGGGACCCCACAGUUACCAGUUCGGAUACGAUACUGGCAAAGGGAAAAACCGACAGUUCCGCUACGAGGAACGCGACAAUGACGGUCAAAUUCGAGGACAUUACGGUUAUAUGGACAAACAUGGAAAAUUACGCGUAGUUAACUACAGCGCUCAUCCAGAAUUAGGAUUCCACGCGGAAGCGCCUGUUGAAAAAGAAUGAUUUUAUAUUUUAUCAGUACAUUAUAUUAAAUUGUUAAAUCAAAGGCCGAUCCUUCGAGUUUUAAAGGGCAAUGAUUUGAAUGAAUAUUUACCAAGUUUCAAUAAAAGAAAAAUGAAAUUUAGCUAACUGACUAAAAUAGAUUAGCAAUAUUAUAUUUUGUAAGUUUCGAUUAUUAAAUUAUAAGGUUUGUAGUAUCUACCAAUCCAAUAGUUUUUUAUAUUAUUCGCAUUUCCUCUUCAAUUUUUAUUUGAAAUAGAUAUGCGAACGUUGUACGCUUUUUGUGCCCAAUCAUGGUGUUUCAAACUAUAACUUGUUUAAUUUCUUAUUCAACAUUGCAUUACAAUAACUCAUGGAUACGCCUUUGAUUUUUUAACAGUGUUAAAAAUAGUACACGCCGCGACUAUAUUGAGAUGCGUUAGAAUAUAUAGUAAUAUUUGUUUGUAUGGAUCAAAAUGAGAUUAACUUAUAUCUAAGUUAAAAUAGCUAUCUACGUAAAGAGCUGAUUAAAAAGUGUUCGUAAAGAAAUUUCAUGUAGGUCUACUGUUUUUAUUUAUCUAACUGAUUGAGUUAGGGUGUAGAAAGUACUAAAGUGCUUAUAAUAACACUUUACUAAUACAGAGAUGGUCAAGUUUCAGAACGCGAUAGAUGCGUUUGGAAACUAAAAUUAAUACCUAACAUAUUAUUCAUAAGUAUUAUUUUCAAAUCUGAUUGGUUGAUUUUGUAAUUAACUUUUAUUCAGGGAAAAUAUCAAUAUUUAGUUUACAUAUUCACAAUUUCAUUAACCUGACCCUGUUACCAUAAGUGUCAUAUUAUAGUCUUUAUUGUUUUUUAAGUUUCAUACAUGGUGUAAGAAAUAAACGAGUUAAAUUGUGA